CGAUCAUUCUACUUCAAUUUUCACGAAUUCUCGCGUUUUCUCUCGUUCCGGAGUCACCCCUUUUUUUAUUUUUUAUUUUUCUGCAUUCUCGUGGAUUUAAGGUCAGAAAUUGGAUUUUGAGAUUUUCAUCGUUCGGAGUCUCGAAAAGAGAUUUCCAGGGGAGAAUCGUUUGGAGGUGUUUCUGUUUUGCAGUUUUUGAGAUUUAGGGUUUUGGACGGAUCGGAGAGGGUUAGGUUUCAGAUUCUGAUUGUUUUCGUAGGGUUUUUAUAGCUUUGUUAGGGUUUCGAGUACGGUGAUACUGCUAAGGUUGUAAUCUGAACGAAGAGAUUGAAGUUUCAGGUUCGGAACAUUUUUUUAUCUGGUCGUAAUUUACAUCGCUGUAAGGAAUUCGAGCUUUCGGAUGAGUUGUUAGGGUUUUUGCAGACGGAAAGUUCAAAAUCUGGUUAUUAUUCAGAAUCCUGGUAUGUUCGCACAGCUUCAUUGGUACUGUUGAAGCGCUUUUCUGCAUUCGGAACAGUUACUUUUGAGGCGAAAAAGGCUCUGCUUUUACGAUGCCACCACUUUCAUCGGCUUCAACGGCAAUUGGAAGGUUGCUGUCACGCAAAAAUGGGGCGGAGUUGUUGAGAAGCUCUGGUAGGUGUAGAGGGCAGUUUCGAGGUUUGAGUAGCAUUGUGGGUGUUGAAACUCCGUCCGUUUGUAAGUUGAUUGAUGCUGAUAAGGAGGGGAAUUUAUCCUUCUCAAGAAGGCAUAAUGCUGUCCAGACCAGGUGUUUUCUUGGCUGUGGAGAUGGAGAAGAGGGUAGUGUUCUUUCUAAGACUCAUGAGGAGAGGCGCGUGAUGGGGUACUCCCCAGAGCAAUUAUUUGCAGUGGUUGCAGCAGUUGACCUGUAUGAAGAUUUUGUUCCAUGGUGCCAGCGAUCGCAGAUAGUCCGGCGCAACGAUGAUGGAUCUUUUGAUGCCGAGCUUCAGAUUGGUUUUAAGUUCCUGGUUGAGAGUUAUGUCUCUCAUGUGGAACUGAAGAAACCAAAGUACAUAAAGACGACUGCAUCAGAAAGUGGCAUUUUCGACCAUUUGAUAAAUGUAUGGGAAUUUAAUCCCGGACCCAUUCCGGGAACUUGUGACCUUUAUUUCUUGGUGGAUUUCAAGUUCCAGUCACCGCUUUACCGACAGGUGGCUUCCAUGUUCUUCAAAGAGGUGGUUUCUCGGCUCGUCACCUCAUUCAGCGAUCGCUGCCGUAUGAUUUAUGGGCCAGGCAUACAAGUCCUAGAAAAUUCUUACGGGGAGCAGAGGUCAUAACAACACUUCAGUCACACCCUGUAUACAAAGGCAGAUGCAAAUGCCCUCCACAGCUUGUUGGUUGGAGCACUUUCCGCAUCUGUUCAGUCAUAGAAACAAACUUACUGUAUUUCACUCACGCCGCCCUCUUUUGCCUUCCAUUUUCCCUUGAGCUAUUGUCUGCUCUCAUUUAAGAAUAGAUUUAUGAAUUUUUUGAUGUGUAACCAUAAGAUAAAAUAACUUCUUAACGCAUUUGAUUACAACUUAACAGCUCCAAAGUGAUGUUCUUACUUCACCAUGGAGUGGUGAUUCAUUCAUGGAUUUUAUUCAUUUUCUGUA